GCAUGAGAACCAAUUGAAAACCUAGAAACACUAUAAGACCACCUGUUAUCAUGUACGAGGUUUCAUUGGUAGAUAUUUCCUAAUACCGAGCUCCUGAUCCCUUUUUUCUACCACCUUUUCUGCUGAAGUCACCAUGAUCUCUUCUGUCCUAUCUGUUGCCACUCUUUUGGUCGCGGCCACAACUGCCUUUCCUCUGAAUUAUUUUCUCCCUCGAGAUCCCUCAGACAGUAAAAGCUGCUUGUCCCUUCGCAACGCAUGCAAUGCCAAUGUAACCGACCUUUCCAACUUUUACAACAAUACGGCCUGCGUGCUUCUCACCGUCUGCAGCUCUCCCACUGAGAACCCAGCUUCGACGCUCAAUAGUAUGGAUGCUCCGGCGACCCAGCCACGCAUGACACAAGCGUUCUUCGAAACCUUUUCAGGAGGCUCGGAUUCUUUAACCCAGCAAGCGUAUAUCGAUGCAUACUACCACCAGAUUUCCAUCACUCCGAACGGCACAUAUCCUGCAAGCGUCAACGAUGUCAUAACCGACUUCACCAACGUUGCUGCUUGGACAGGUUCCUGUGAUUCACUCAACAUCCCGUACUCUAACUUUGCCGAUUGGCUCGAGUACUCUUCCGUUCCUGGUGUUUGCCCUGCUGUUGCUUCCUGCGAUGCCUCUGUAGCGAACUCGACGACUCCUUGCGUUCCCCAACCCGUCACCGAUAACGGCAGUUGCGCUGAGGUGGCAGCCGAAUGCGAGUUGUGGGUAACCGGUGGUCUUUUCCAGAACGAAUUUUGUGUACUUGCAAGCAUGUGCUAUGCUGAGUCUACCACGGACGUGUUGAUUAAAAAAUUGUAUCCUUCGUACGUGUCGAAUAUCCCCACAUCGUUGACAGAGCAACGUUUGUCACAAGGCGUCUUCUACAACAUUACCCAAGGAGCAGAGACUAUGACAGAGCAGAACGUGAUUGAUGCUUAUUAUGGUGCUUUGACUGGUACAUACCAGAGCCUCGGUGGACCCUUUGGAGCCGAGACCCCUGGAAAGACCAGCAACAAUGGUCCAUACCCCACAUCGACUGACUAUGUGUCGAACUUCUGGAGCAUUAUCAGCGCCUGGACAGGCAUGUGUGACACUAAAGAAAUCCCAUACGAGAACCUCGCCGACUAUCUCACUUACGCCGCUACGAGCGGAUACCACCCCACUUGCUGAUCGUGAGGCUCGGCUCUCUGGACUUUUUUUACUCUUCUAUUUUUUUCUUGGGUCUUAUCCCAUUUGGAUAAUAUUCUUUUGAGUAUGAUAUAUUCGCUCUCUUACAGCUCACCCUCUUUGUCACCGUCGAAAUAAUACCUAUCGAGAAUAAAAAUGGACACUGAAUCUUGUUUGAAA